CUUGAUCUGCUUUUACAAGCACCAAUAAACUAGACAAAAAUAUAUAAAAGCUAUGGUGUGGCCAUCAGUCUUUAACUUUCUACAAGCUGGAGUUAUUGUCCAAGCGUUUACUACUAUCAUCUGCAUAUUUCUUGUGUACAAAUGUACCAAAUAUUUGUUCGGUAAAGCAACAAGCGAAGAGCCACUGAAAGCCAAUACUCUUCGACGCCGUCUUGGUCUACAAGAAGAUAUACUUGAUACAUGUUCCGUGGAAAGAGGUGGAAGUGGUAAUAUAUGUCUAGCAGUAUCCUUAACGUCAAAACAGAGCCUCUCACAACAACAUGUUCGCGAUGCUUUGGUGUUGAUGGCUAAGCGACAGCCAAUGCUUCGAGCAGUUAUUAGCACAUUUGGCGAUGGCUACAAAUAUUUCGAAAUCAAUGAAAUCAAUGAAGUCAUCAACAUGUUAGAUAUCGCCUCUUCUACAGUAAAGGCUUCAGACUGGAAAGAUAUUUGGUUUGAAUAUACAUCAAAACAGCUGAGCAAUACGAAUGGUCUGUUAUGGCGAGUUGUGAUUCUACAAGAGGAAUUUAGACCACACACUGACCAGUAUGCAAAUACCUUGUUAUUUAGUUUUAAUCAUUCCUGUACUGACGGUGUGUCGUGUGUUAAAUUUUGCGAGCAAUUUCUCCGAAAGUUGAAUGAUAUUUCAAGUGGUACUAUCGAUGUCGAUCAAAAAAUUUCCAGUCUGAAUUUGCUGCCGUAUUUUCAAGAUUUGGUCACAAGAGAACGAACUCCGUAUUCCAUAUUGACCCUCAUACUUACCUAUUGCGGCCUUCGACCAAUUUUAAGAUUUCUCAUGCAUAGGAUGAUUUUUCGUCAAGUUCAAGCAGCGAGGUGCAAUCCAUAUUCUGCUCAAUUCCCACCGAGGUUAGACGUUUCCAGCUUUGUUGGCACAAAUGGAAUGGAAACUAAAGUUUUUACUGAGAAAGAAACAAAGAAUAUUUUACUGGCCUGCAAAGUGAAUAAUUGUACAGUAACUGGAGCUCUGACAGCCGCGGCACAUCUGACUUUUUGUGAACUCGUGGAAGAUGGUAUGAAAGGGAGCAAGGAUGUAAAUUUAAAAUGCUCGUUUUCAAUCAAUAGUUUGCGUUGUUGCAAUUUAAAACCACAUAAGGAUUACUUGGGAUAUUUUGUGUAUUAUUGCGAUGAACUCUACUUGAAGUACAUGAAUCAACUUGGGAUUGAUUUUUGGAAGGUGGCGCAGGAAACAACAAAGCAAAUACAAGAUUGUGUUAAAAAAGAAGAAUUCGUUCUUAGCGAAAGUAUAAUGAAUGAAACCAUACGAGCAAAAGAAUUGGUUGAUCUUCUUGAUCGUGAACUGCUAGUUCGCAUUUCAUGCUGUAAUUUCAUAUCGAGUUUUGGGUCUUUUAAUUUUGCUCACGACAUUGACAAACAAACUUACAAACUUCAGGAUUGUUUUGUUAACAGCCUCACUCAUGGUUUUCCUCAUACAUUCAAUCAUUAUAACCACACUAUUAAUGGUAGAAUGAUCUGGCAGAUUAUCUAUGAUGCAUCUAUUGUAGAAACCCAUCAUGCAAAAGAGUUUGCUAAUCGUUGUUUUAGCCGAUUUCUCGAAAUGGCAUCUGAUCAAGUUUGAAUGACAUUUGUUGCAUGACUGAGAUAUAUACAUAUAUCAACUUUAAAUGAAGCCUAACAAAGUGAUUGACCUGAUAGAAUGAAAAGAAGUCAAAUUGUGCAAAUUAUGAAAAAGGAAAAUAUGAAGUUUCAUGCAUACAGUUUCAUAUACUGACAUUAGGCAAUUUUGAAGAAUGUCGAAGGGGCGUGUCUCCCAAACUUCACAUAGACUUUCACAAGGAACGUCAAUUCAUUUUCAGUACAGUCUUUUAUUUAUUGCCUAUGAUUCUCUGAUCAGUCAGCGCUGCCCACAAUCGUAAGUUAUUUCGCAUUUAUGGUUAUGCUUAUUGCUUGAUUUAAUGCUUAUG